AUGGCGGUUGGUGCAGGCGUACGGCAACGAGCCGCAGCUGCGGCUCGCCACUGGCGUCGUGUUUCAGUUAAAACGCUGCGGAGUCGACUCUCCACCCCGCACGUGUGUGACAUAAAACUUCCGCUCAUAUCAAAUGAGGCCCCAGUGGGUUCGGGACCGGCGCUGAACAUUCGCCUGGGGACCAACAACGAAGAGAUCAUGCGAUGGUGCCAACUCGAGUACUUUGGUUUUUUAAAGCCUGCAGAUGCCGCCACCGACUCGCAUACGAGUAACACAAGUGAUGUAUGCAUCCACUCCGGGCCUCCAGGGCAGUUGGGAUACCCAUACGCGCUGACAGCGGAAGUUGAUAAUUUCACUGAUGCGGUGCGACGCGAUGAGGAGUCCGCUGAGUGGCAAAAUAUUAGUGGAGCGGAAAGUGCGCAUCCUUCGCGGUGGUUGACUCAACUGCUUCUGGACGGUUUCAUCUCCCGCCGCGUGGCUGCACACGUUGGUUUAUCAGCUGACCAUUUGAUGGACACAGUGAGGAUGGCACGGCAACUAAAGGUGCCACUCGCACCGAGUGAGGUGUCACCGCAUUAUUUUUCUAAUGAUCUCUUGUCAACUUGGGGGGUGUUUGGAGAACUGAAAUCGGGCGAUACCGAUUUUGUUGGUGACUACGUGCAUCGGGUGCUGCAGUUGGCUCACGCCAGUUCUGUCAUCUCUGCUUGUCACUCCGUUUGGUUGAAAGGUACGGCUAUAUGUAAUGGUAAUGGUGGCGCCGUAAUCAUUUUAGGCCCGAGAGCAAGUGGGAAAACAACACUUGCGCUUCAUUGUUUGGCAACGUCAACACCCAAAAUACGUCUCAUAGGGUUGGAACAUUUUCACAUUGCGCCUGAAAGCGUCAUUCAGGGAGCCUCCAUUAGCAGUGGUGGUGCGCGCGCGCUUCUCAUGUCCAUUCCAUCACCGGCUAGUGUCGGUAUCGGCGCUCUUAUUGGAUCACUUAAACCGAACCCCAGCUUAGUUGAGGCCGCCCACACUUUCACGUGUAGUGCUGCAACGAUCAACAGUCUCAUGCGUAACAGCGAGGAAACCAUAUGGUUUAUGGGGCGACGGCAUGUAGUAAAUAUAAACGAAGCAUUUGGACCACAUCGUUGGUGCCCCACAUGGUUUGGUACUGUAAAGGGAAUUGUGCUGUUGAAUUGGGAUGUUCAUGAGCUUUCACGUCCAACCUCAUCGGCAGGCACCCAAAUCAUCCAUUGGACAGAGAAGGAAGACUGCUUCAAGGCACUGAACGCCUUCGCAACAAAUGCAGGAGCCGCCCUGUUCAAGGGGCACUAUCUUAUACGCUCCAUGUACAACGAGUUAAAUGCACACAGACAAUUGGAAGAAAUGCUCUUUUCUGGUGGUGAAGUUGAUGGAAAGGUGGGAGUCCCACCAAUAUUUGAGGUUCGAGGCGCAGUACACUUCGAUGCCGUGGUUAAGUUGAUAUGCGAUCGCCUCCUUAACGAAACGAACUAA